AUGGCUCCCUCAGCCGUGUCUCCUGCUCAGCAGCACGCCCAGCUUGCCUUUGCCUCCAAGAAGGGCCAGGAUGCCACUGUUGACGACCACACCCCCGAGGGCCUGAGCAAGCCGCUGGCCGAUAUGAUGGGCCACUGGGAGAACUUCUCCUUUGAACCCAUCCGGGAAUCCACCGUUUCGCGCGCCAUGACCCGACGAUACUUCGCCGACCUCGACCGGCACGCGGAAUCCGACAUCGUCAUCAUCGGCGCCGGCUCGUGCGGCCUGUCGGCGGCGUACACGCUGGGCAAGCUGCGGCCGGACCUGCGCAUCACGCUGAUCGAGGCGAGCGUGAGCCCCGGCGGCGGCGCGUGGCUCGGCGGGCAGCUGUUCAGCGCCAUGGUGAUGCGCAAGCCGGCCGACGUGUUCCUACGCGAGGUCGGCGUCCCGUACGAGGACGAGGGCGACUACGUCGUCGUCAAGCACGCCGCGCUGUUCACCAGCACCGUACUGUCCAGGGUGCUGGCCAUGGAGAACGUCAAGCUGUUCAAUGCCACCGCCGUCGAGGACCUCAUCACCCGUCCCGGAGGAGGAGGCGAGGAUGGGGAUGGGGAUGAGGAUGCAGCAGCAGGAGCAGCCGUCAGGGUUGCCGGCGUCGUGACCAACUGGACGCUCGUGUCCAUGCAUCACGACGACCAGAGCUGCAUGGACCCCAACACCAUCAACGCGCCCGUCGUGAUCUCGACGACGGGCCACGACGGCCCGUUUGGCGCCUUCUCGGUCAAGCGGCUGGUCAGCAUGAAGCAGCUCGAGCAGCUGGGCGGCAUGCGCGGCCUGGACAUGCAGCGCGCCGAGGAUGCCAUUGUCAAGAACACGCGCGAGAUCGUGCCAGGCUUGAUUGUGGGCGGCAUGGAGCUGUCUGAGAUCGAUGGAGCGAACCGCAUGGGCCCGACGUUUGGUGCCAUGGCGCUCAGCGGCGUAAAGGCUGCCGAGGAGGCGAUCCGUGUGUUCGAUCUGCGCAAGAAGCAGAACGAAUUCUGA